AUGGCGUCCCUCGCCACCCACUUCUCCGCCUUCCUCUUCCUCUUCCCCGUCGGCCUCCGGCGCCUCCUCUGCUCCUACUCCCUCUACCUCAAGAGCCCCUCCUCCUACAGAUCCAAGCCCUGGUACUUCGCGGAUCCCAGGUGGAAGAACCUCGACCUCUACGCCCUCCUCCUCGCCCUCCCCAUCGCCUCCUUCUCGGAGCUCUUCCUCUUCCUCACCUUCUCCGGCCACCCCACCUACCGCUUCGCCUUCUUCCAGCAGUCCGCCGCCGUCUUCCUCUUCUGGGCCCUCCUCGUCCUCGUGAUCCUGAAGGAGUACGUCGACGGCGCCGCGGUGGGCGAAGGGUACGUGUUUGUCGUCGCGGGUGUCGCGUUCUUGGUGGAGUAUUCGGUGAUCGGGAAGGGGUUGGCGGGGACUUGGGCUUUGCAAGCUGGGCUGAAUUUGGGUACUGAUAUGUUUGCCUUAAAGGGGUGUCACAAGUUGAGGGUUUCGACGGGACAGUGGGAUCUUGAUGUGAAAUGUGCUCUUGAGGAGGAUAGUCUGCGGGGCGUUGCGCUGAUGAAUCUGUUGUUUAUCGUGCAUGCCAUUGGGGUCGUCGUUGUCGGCUUCGGGCUGUUUGGGUUGUUGUCCUGUAAUCGGAAUUUGAGAUUCGGCGAUGCGAGUGGGCCGUUGCUGGCUCAGCUUGAAUCGGAGAGCAUGUUGAUGCGGCCGGGACCUGAAUUUGAGCUGGAAUGA